AUGAGCGAGUGUCAAGAUCAAAUGCACGAAGAAGAAGGAGGAGAAGAAAGUGUCGCGAUCGUGACCAGAAGAUCGAGGCAGGGAAGUUGUUGUCACUCGACUCGAGCCAAGAAAGUCACGACGACCCACAAAAUUCGGGCAUUGAGGGAGCUGGUUGCGUCCAUGGAGAAAGAAGUUCAGCAUCUGGAAUCCAAGUGGACAAGUCAAGUUCGAGAUGACCGCGUGCUUGCAAUGGCUCGACGUUGUGCUAUGGAGAAAUACACCGCUCAUCAGAGCGAGAAUAUGCAAGCUCAGCUCCAGGAUCUCCUUUUUCACCAGCAGUUUCGGUUCGCAUCGCUGCAAACAGCGCUUUUACGGGCUCCUUUGCAUUCAAAGGCAAGUGAAGUGUUCCAUGCACUGCACUUUGACACGCAAUUGAGUCAACAUGAAGACGAGCGGGAAAGGAGGUUAGUGGCUCAUAACCUACGAUCGCUUUCGACGUUGCCAAGGUUGGUAAACCAAAUCACCCAAAGGAUUCUACAAACCACAACAACAGGAAGAGACCAGGUGACGUCCAGGACGCCAGUAUCCCAGAUUGAUAUUGCUGGCUGCAGAGACUGCACUUUGAUAUCCGGGAUUUUUGUCUCGGAGAUCCCGUGCACGUCGCUAGAAGUGGUGUAUGCAGCCGUGUUGGCGUAUUUUGACUCCGUAGCAACGGCGAUGAAGAGCCACUUUGACAUUGAGACGCGGCACCAGAAAUUGAACAGCAUCGAGUCGCCUGUGCACUAUCAGCGGUCGUCGUUCAAGGGACCAAACGUAUCAUGGACAGAAAACAACAUUGUGUGCUCGGAACUCACGCCAUCGCAUGGUAUGGUGCAUAUUGAUGCAGUCACGGACGAUCCCUUGUAUUCAGUGUCCAAUACAACUUCCUCACGUUACGGAAUCUGCUGCCUCACUCUUUCGCCUCGGAAAGAUCAGAUGACGGGCAAAACGCUGUCUGUGACGUUGCGGUGGGUCGUCGCAUAUUGCUACAACAGGUUGGCUGAUGACCCCGAGAUUGAGAACGAAGUUGAGACGAUACGCCCGAUCUUGAAUGGUGAUCUCAUAACUGCUUCCAUGUGUCGAUUUCUCCAAGAGGUGCAACAAGGACGCAGACAGAUCUUACAUCGACAAAACUGGACGCUUGAUGAACAAUGA